UAGAAGAGUUUAUAAAGUGAUCCUAUAGCAGUAUGUAGUAACGUAAAUAGAUACUCAAAUAUGUGUUUGGUUGGUGUAUUUUUAAAGCUGGCUUUAGCUCGGUGGCUAAAGAAAAAAAGCUAGUGUGUUUAGCGCCGCUGGUUUCAGAUAUGCUAGCUAGCCACAGUCCUCUCAAAGUGAGUUAAAAACUAGAAUGUUUAACAUUUAUCCUUAGUUAAAUCUAAAAUAGUGAGUUUUAAUUCAGUUUAAACUUUUUAAAACCUUUUGACUGACUAACUGGACGUCAAGGGAAAAGACCCUCCAUUUAAAUAAUUUAACUAUUAUGAGUUGAUGUAUUCGCUUGUGUUGUAACAUCUUUAAGUCUUUUGUCAGUUUUGGCUUGCCAUACACAGUGACACUUGUAGAAAAAUUACAUCCUCUUUUGUCUUUAAGCCCCUCCACGCUAGCUGGGAGCAGAGUUGCUAUUAAACAGGGCAUCAGGCCACUUGAAGUCCUUCCCGACGAGCCGCCUGAGACUCAGCGUUGACUGGCUAUGAAAGGAAGCAGUCAUGAGGAGAUGAAAAGAUAGAUGGGUGGAGGUAAGGAGGGAGAGAUGAGGUCUCCCAAAGAGACCACUGGGAGGAGUGAUGAUGAGAUGUACGCAGCGCAGAGAAGUUAAAAGACUUGAAAGAGGUCGAGAGGCGGAGGCUGGGAGGGAAACUCCCUCCUGGUUCUGUGCAACACUCUGAAGCUUCAUACAUGGGACUCUGGCUUACAGCUGCACAGCGCUGCUUUUAGAUGCUCACUGACUCCCAACAGGCACUGAGAGUCUGCACAAGAGCUGCCACAGUUUUGAGGACUGCAGAAGAAACCUCUCGCCUCUCCUGAGGAUUGCAGGGAACAGCUUCAGGAAACAAUUUCCUGGAGUUAUCUUUUUUUCUGUUUUCAUAGAUCGGAUUAAGAAAGACAUCUGGAGCCCCAAAGACGUGUGGGUGGGGAGUGGUCGUGAAUGGAUGAAUAAGUACUCAAGGAUGACUGGAUAAAAGUUUCCAGCAGUGAUUGCUCCACCGCAGACCGUUCUCAUGAGAUAUCUGGUUGAACGUUGACUCACUGCAGGUGUGAACUUUUGUGAAGAAUUGGGCGCAAAGCUGAAGACACAGCUCUCAAGUUUCCCUCCAAUCUCUGUGGCACCUGCUCAUCACUGAAAUUGCUUUCCAUCAUCUGAGUUUACAUCUUCAAAGAGUAGACCAAUCUUCCACAGAGGCAUUGUUUGUCUAUAUUCAAAACACAUCGCAAGCUUGUAAUUAUGCCCUCACUCUCAUUAUCUCUGUUUCUUCUGCUGGACGACUAAGAGGUGAGGGAGAAGAGGAUCAGAGGGUGAGGAGGUUUUUUUCUUCUUCGAGAUUAGAGAAGGUAGAAGAGGGAGAGAGGAAGGCAAAGGGGGAGGGAGAGAUAAACAGAGGCAGUUUAAGGCGGUAAACACGUCCCGUCCAGAGCCAGCUCUCCUCUAAACACAUCAGGCAUAAAUCAGCACUGCAUUUGUCUGUGGUGAAAUAGGAGGACCAGCAGUCGGGGGACAAACUGGAGCGAGUAGAAAACACUGUGGCUGCCCUUCUGGAAACACUGGAGGGAAGCUAAACUGAAGUCAAGAAACCUGUGUGACUGAUUAUUAGUGGGAAUAAGAAAAUUUCGUUCCCACCGUCGAAGAAGAAGUAAGAGCAACCAUGGACUCAGAAAUCUCCCACAGCUUCUCUUGUCUUUGCAGCAAGAUGGAACGGCAACACAUGAGCAAAAGCAGCAGUGGCGUCUUCCAGCAGACCAGAUCCCCCUCCAGACCCCACCAGUCUCUCCUCCACCCCAGGACCCUGCUCCUCCUGCCCCUGCUGCUGCUGCUCUUUCUCUCCCUGUGGAGCCAGCAGGCCGAGGCCGUGGUCCACUCCAGCUUCAAGCGGCUCAGCGGCCGUGAGAAGAAGGAGAUGCAGAAGGAAAUCCUGUCCAUUUUGGGUCUGCCGGGGAGACCCAGGCCCCACCCGCCGCUACGACCCCCCUCCUCGGCACCGCUUUUCAUGCUGGACCUGUACCACGCCAUGUCGGCUGACGGGGAGGACGAAGGCAAUGAAAUUAUUGUAAAUGGACCUGGUAUGGGGAAGUUUGGAGGAGCAGAAAGGUUGGCUCAGGUCAACCACGCAGCCCCUCCAACCCUCAGCACGCACACACCACCGCUGGGCACGGUGGUCAGCGAGGCCGACACAGUGAUGAGCUUCGUCAACCUGGUGGAGCAGGAACGCGACCUCCUGCAGCCUCGGCCGUACUGGAAGGAGUUUCGUUUCGACCUGACGCCCCUCCCUCAGGGUGAGACGGUGACGGCGGCAGAGUUCCGGAUCUACAAGACUCUGACGAUGGGCCAGAGGGCCAACCGGACCCUGCACAUCUCGGUCUACGAGAUCCAGCGAGAGAACAGACACAGAGAGCCUGAGCUGGUGCUGCUGGACAUGCAGUCGGUGCCCGCAGGUCAGGAGGGCUGGCUGGCCUUCGACGUCACCACGGCCUCCAACCACUGGCUGCUGCACCCUCGCAGCAACCUGGGCAUCCGUCUGUACGUGGAGACAGAGGAGGACCGAUCCCUGUCCGCAGGCUGGAUCGGGUUGGUGGGACGCCGGGGCCCUCGCUCCAAACAGCCCUUCAUGGUGACCUUUUUCCGGGAGAAUCAGGUCCCGUGUCGGCCGCCACGAGCCGUCAAGCCACAUCCUCGCAAGAAGAAGCCAAAAUACGACCUGCCAGUCCCCAGCAUCCACAAUCGGAGUCCCGCCAACAACGGAGGGCAGCCCUGCAAAAAACACGAACUCUACGUGAGCUUCAGUGACCUGGGAUGGAAGGACUGGGUUCUGGCUCCCACCGGAUAUUCAGCGUACUACUGUGACGGCGAGUGUUUUUAUCCUCUGGGCUCCUGCAUGAACGCCACGAACCACGCACUCAUCCAGCAAGUGGUCCACCUCCUGAAGCCUGACGAGGUCCCUAAGGCCUGCUGCGCCCCCACCAAGCUCAGCCCCAUCUCCGUCCUCUUCUACGACGACAAGAACAACGUCAUCCUCAAGAAACACCGCAACAUGGUGGUCAAGACCUGCGGCUGUCUGUGAGAGUCCCACAGGUCCCACUCGGUCCUCCAGUCCGAAACCGGAACCAAACAAAAUCUACACGGAGGAUUCGCUCCCUGACGCGAACUCUGCAGAAACCUUUAAUGUCAGUAAGGCGUCAGAAGUCUAAGCAGGCCUGCAGGUUGUGUUUGAGUGCUGAUUUGGGAUCAGUGACUUAAUCGUUUUUUAAUCAGUUUUUCCAAAUUGAAAGAGUCAGAAUCAAGUUGGUGUGAGCUCCUUCCAAAUCAGCACUUAGAGGCUUAAAGCGUUUUAGUUUCGAUGUUUUCUGGAUCUUAAUGUCCUCAUCACGCAGCAGCUGAAGGUUAUUUUGAAUGAAUGUGAGAAAUUUGGUUUUCUAGGCGGAUCAACUUUUAACCUGAAAUAUGUCAUACAGGCUGAAUGCUUCACAUUUCUUCCUUCUCUCUAAGUACAGAAUUCAUGCAGAAUACGAACGUUACGUCAGUGCAUCAAGCUGGAAAACUGGCAGAGUUUUAGCCUUUCUGAAAAGCUUCAAACAAAUUGUGAUUUAGUCUCCACAGAUUUAAAUGGCAAAUGACUUUGGAUGGCAGGAGAUGCCGUCAGUGAUGCCUGAUUUAUCUGUUUAUCACUUAUGGAGUCUAAAUGAAGAGGAAAUGUCAAGUUGCAUUGAAUUAAUAAAUAAUAUUCAUCGUCUCUUGACUUACAGUCACAGGACUGAAGAAGAAGACUGUCAAGUCAGCGUAAAUAAUCAAAUUUAAUCUUAAAGACGUCAGUCAGUCCUCUUUAACUCACUAAAAUCAGAUUCACAAAAUCAGCUGAGAAGACGGGUCACAUUAAAUACAUUGAUCAAUUUAUUGAAAAGGGUAAAAAAAAAAAAAAAAAGUACAGUGAAAGCAAAUUAGUGACAUUUUGCCUGCUAGUGGAAAAUGUUUCGAUCAUUUUUGCAGUUACUGAACAAAUUGCUUUAACUCUCAGUCCUUUGGGGCUACUUAGAAUUUCUUCAAUCAGUGAACAACCAAAGUGACAACAGCUGAGGACAUAAAUGAGACGGUUAUGUUAGACGAGUUUACCAAAAACUGUUAGCGCUUCAUUUAAAAAAAAACAAAUCUUGCUCUGGUUCAACUGAAGUGGGUCAAAGAUGCUUUUAUUGCCAAGACUGUGUUGGGAAACACGCCCCCAGGAGGACUAAAAUGAGCACAAUCACAGGGACUUGGAGGGAAGAAGAACACGCUGUGAGAGUCGCUGUGUGGCGUGAGGUGAGGUACUGUGGUGAGGCGUUACUGAGGGCGCCGCCGCCGCAGCAGCACAGAGGAGGCACAGCUGGACAAAAACCUCGAGUCUCCAAAAACUAGAUUCAGGAAUAAAAAUCCUACAUUUACUGUCAACAACCGUGAGUUCUGGAAUUAAACAGAAUGAUUUAAGUCAUCCUAAGAGGCCCAUGAUCAGGAAAAGUCUUCAUUUAAAUGUUCCACAGAGGGGACGCGCUGAUGGCACCGAACGCCCUCUGCUCAAAUGACUGGAGUUACGAAGUUUUAACCCAACAGCAGUGCCUCGUCCACUGUGGAUGAGCGAUGCAGUCCUCAGUUGGGGCUUUGAAUGUGCCAUCUAUUCAUCUGGACGACACGGUGAUCAACCAGUACAACCAGCUAGCCAUACAUUCACAAAUAUUUGGUGGUAUUUUCUUUACUGCCUCCUCACAUCUCCACAUCUUUAAACACCACAUUACUUAAUUCAGUGUUAGCAGGCAAUCCUGCUGGUCCCCUCCCCCAUUUGAAAUAGCAAGGUAGUUGUACAUAAUAAAUAUAAAAUGGGGUGCUGGUGUACUUCUGCCCCGUCGCUAUUGGGUUUUUUUUUUCUCUUACAAGCACACAUGUACGUACACAGCACAUACACACAUCCACCCCCUCCCUCCAUCCCAACCCGCUGUCCAGGAAUACUGACGGGUCCCCCCCCAGUGUUCGUCAUCACCAUCCUUCAGACACCGUGAUUCAGCGUUUAGUCCGUGGUCAUCGUGUAUCUGGAAGUGACAGCGUUUGUUCAGUGUGCAGAAAGUAGAAGGUUAAAGUCUUAGUCUAAGUCUUGACUACUGUGUCUUACCCAGGGUUCUGGUCCUGUCCAGUCAGCAGUCCUUCAUGCCUGAACGUCCGCCAGCUCAGGAGGCAUGGGGGACUUGGGGUGUUUGCUCUCAAAAUGCUGCUUGAAGGUCUUGGGGUCGGGCAUCUGUGUCUGAAAAAGAAAGGGAAUCGCAGCGUCUUAUGAAACAAAAGACAUUUUUCAUAAUGAAUCACGUCUGCUUUUCUGUGUCAGAAAUGACUGAAUAUCUUCUGACAUUUCAAAGGCAAAACAAUUCAUCAAGAAAAACGUUUCACACAUAACUGUCAAAUGAUCAAAAUGUGUUUUCUGCUUUGGAUUUCAAACUUCAGCCACAUUAACAUCAACGAGUAAGCAUAAUAUAUAUUUAUAUAUUUUUGAAUUAUCCUUUUUUAAUUAUUCCUACUUGACAAACAUUCUUCCAUGUGUCUACAUUCUUCUGAUGUCAGUAAUGAAACAUUUACUAAAAAUCAAAUUACACAUCAAAUCAUACACCUGAUAGCUGUGAUGUCAUCAAAGCCUCAGAGAGUACAGUAAGUAUGGAACAUUUUUAUAUUCCACUGUGGAAAAAUCUCCGAGCUACACCUGAAGGUAACAUCAGCAUCCUGGCAGCACAGUGCUGAACUCACCCGGCAGACAGGGCAGGUGUGGACCAGUGCGGCCUUGGCUGCGGUCUUCUGGUCGGCGCCCUGAGCUUUCUUCUUCUCUGCUGCCUUCUUGGCGUUCUUCUGCUGGGACUGAAUCUUCUGCUGCCCACGAGCCAUGGCCCUCAACUUCGACCUGCAGGAAUAACAAACACAUUUUAUGGUCAAAACCAUAGACUGCAGCUGAGUUCCAACUAAGAGAAAACAUCUCCGUGUGCAAAGCCUGGUCCUGAAAUAAAUGAUUUUCACACUUUUGGCGUAGAAGAACACGACUGGCCUGCACAACCCAAUCCAACGCCUUUGGAACAAACAGGAACACUGACCACAAGCCAGGCCUUUUUACCAAACACCAGUGUUGGACCUCAUUCAUGUUCCUGUGGCUGAAUGAGGGCAAAUCCCUGCAGCCAGGCCUCAAAAUCUGGGUGAAAACAUUCACUAAAGAGUGGAGGCUGGUGGAGCAGCACAUUAAUGCCUGUGGUUAUGGAAUGAGAUGUUCGAAUCAAUUCAUACUGUCCACAUUUUUGUGCUCAUUAAACAGUAAUGCAUUACAGGGUUCAGCAGAUUUAAUAUUAUAAUCUAUAACUGAACAUCAGCACAGCCAUGAAUAGUAACAUGAGCAGGAGGCCUAAUCCUUGAUGCACACUUAGUUUAGUCUGUACACUUAACACUAGAGAGGUCUAAUACAACAACAACGCAAUACAUCGCUAAUGGAGGCUAUCUGAAGUAUUGAUUUAACUUUGCGGUGAUUCUGGAUGCUGUGCAGUCCACUGUUUAGUCUGGUCCAAAGAUUUCCAGCUAACUAUCACAAAAGGUAAAUGCACGAAGAAAACCCCCACAAGUGCAUUUCGGGAUGUUUUGCUGUAAACAUAACGAAUAAUCACUUGAUGAUCAAAACAAUGUCUAAAAACUUUCUGUCAAUAAACUGAUCAAUAAACCGUUUACAGUUCAA